GAUUAUGACAAAGAAGCUGGAAUCUUGAUCAUUAAGUGGGAGAGGUAGCCUAGUUUGUGUCUCUGCUCACGACUCUCUUUCUUUCAUAUUUUCAGACCCGUCCUGAUGCUGCAAGGCUCUACGGAAUACUGUUUUUGAACCGAAGACCAACGUUGAGGGUACCGAGAAAACUUUUUAUUGCAUUACAGUCCCGUGCGUAAGCAAGUUCCGUGCGGGAAGGGCACAGGUAGGCUAUCAGCACCAACCACCGACGCGGAUGGUCCCCCCAAGACGAGGAUAUGUACCAGGGUAUAACCAUGACAACCAACCACGGACCUCCGUCUUACGAGCACGGUUUUCUACACAAUACCGCGGCUACUUCACCGGUGUACGUGCCCACCACUAGGGUCACCCCCAUGAUCCCGACAUUGCCUUACCUCCAGACACACGGGACCUCUCAGCAGAAUAGCCCCGUGUCGAGUCAUUCGGCCUGGACGCAGCCUUGUGCUGAGUCUGUGCCGUCAUAUAACACUGCCAACGCUCACCAUUCUCCAGUGUCCUCACGCUUCACGUUCUCCACCAGUCCGCCACUUUCCUCUGGGGUCGCUGCAGCGAGGGAAACGGCAACUUACUCAAGCCCUCUAACUCUAUCCGCCAACGGGAGGGACCACUACGGGACACGCGGCCUCACCGGGUCUUACCACAGCCCUUACCCGGCCUACAUGGGCCCAAACAUGGGUGGGACGUGGGCCGCGUCACCCUUUGACAGCACCGUGCUACAUGGUCUUCAGGCGGGGGGACCAAGUGCUGUCAGGCACGCCAAUUUAGAUUUGUAUGAUGACUUUUCUGAGGGUCGUGAGUGUGUUAACUGCGGGGCUAUGUCCACCCCUCUGUGGAGGCGAGAUGGUACGGGCCACUACCUGUGUAAUGCCUGUGGACUGUACCACAAGAUGAAUGGCAUUAACCGACCGCUCAUCAAGCCUCAGAGGCGACUGUCUGCAUCCAGGAGGGUGGGUCUGUCUUGCACCAACUGCCACACCACCACCACAACACUGUGGAGGCGCAACGCAGAGGGGGAGCCCGUCUGCAAUGCCUGCGGUCUCUACAUGAAGCUGCAUGGGGUUCCUCGUCCCUUAGCUAUGAAGAAGGAGGGAAUACAGACUCGCAAACGUAAACCCAAGAACCUCAACAAGACCCAGGCUGGAAGUGUAGCAUCUGGUGACCACACCCCCACCAGUACUCCUGUUGCCUCUAGUAACACAGAGGAGACCAGACAGAUCAAGACUGAACCUGAAACACACAGCCUGUACUCACAUCCCAACACACACACCCAGGUGUCAGCCCUCCCUGCCUACAUUACUAACCAAGGAGGGGCCCUCCCCCUCAAGAUGACCCCUGGGGGUCACGGGGGUGCAUCAGGCUCCAAGAGUGAACCCUGGAACAGCCUGGUCCUGGCCUAGAGGAGGGCAGCGCCCCCUACAGGUUCCAACAUAUCUCAGACCCCAGAUCCUCCAAAACAGACCCAGUAGCCCACAGUAGACCUGCAUGGCCUCCACCACAACCCAGGUCCAGAACUAGGGUCCCUAAAGGAAGCGGAACCGAGAUCUGCAAAAAUGAUUGUGCAGUAAAAGGGUGACUGAACGGAUGAAUACACUCAGAACUGCUGAUCAGCAUUGGUAGAGAUCAAUGCCCGAUACUCAAGUUUGAGGGUCAAUGGUAGCUGAAAAGCUACAGAAGCUCUAGCCAUGGUUGUCUCCAUUCUACAGCUCAAAGCAACCUCACAAUUGAAAAAGACUACUAUGCCAAAAACAAGAAGAAAACAAACAUAUAUUUGUUCCUUUUUUAAUUAUUUCUAUUUACUGGUUUCUCUGUGUAAACAUUCAGUCAUUCUCUUGUUUCAUAAGUUUUACAGUUUACCUGGUAAAUUCUCCGUUGAUGUCAGGAAUUAAAUCUGAAAAAGAUAUCUUCUAAUAUCAUCCAGACUAAGACUAUACCAUCAUCACCAUGGUAAAGGGGGUAGUGUAGGACUGAGCCAAGUAUGUUUUGCAGCAGCACAUCAACAUGAUAGUAAGAUGGCAGACUGACAUAAUCUAUAGUGGACUGUGAGUGCUAGAUCUGACUCCAGUUAAGAAAGUACUGUCUUACAGUUUGUCAAAAGGAAUUCUCUUGAAGAACUACAGUCUAACACGCUCCCUGAAGAGAGUAUAUUGUAAGAAACAAGAUUAAUUACAUUGCUCCAUGUGCCGGGUUGCCUCUAAAGCAAAACAAUUACAUAUACAAUUUAAUUAUUCUUGUUUGUAUUUUUACAAUGCUCUGAGGCAGAACCAGCUACUUCCUCCCUUAGUGAUACCUUGAGUGUGUUUUCUAAGAUACUCAGUACAGAAAACAUACACAAACAACUUGAUGUCUCUAAGACUGCAAACUGUCUUGUGUUAAACCACCUAUAAGAAGCUGCUUGAGGUGAAUGUGAUUAGUUGUUUGUUUGGUUGAGUGGUUGAUAGCACAUUCACCCUCUACUGAUCCAAUGACAGGGGUUCUCAUUUGAUGUGUGAAGGCCUUUUUUGAUUUUAGAAACGACAACUGGAAUGGACAAAUCAUUCAAGAAAAUCAUCAAUUCUAAUGUGCUACAGUGUAAAUGUUUUUUUAGAUCAAUGUAAAAGUAUGAAGCCACACUUCCUGGUUGGAAAUAUACUGAAGAAGAAGAAAACCUCUCCAUGAAGGAGCACCAUGCCUUUAUUCUAUAAAUGCUGUUCGUACAGUUCAUGAGGCUGUUUUAGAAGAGACUUUACAUUCUAACAUCAGAUACUGUAAGCUCUUCACCUUCUUACCUUUCUGGUGAAAAGCCUAGGGAUUGUGUGGCAUGGGAUUAUGUGGCAAAUGGUCACAAACAUGUAAUUUACCAUUAUAAAUCUAUGAACAUUAUGUUAAAAUUCCACUCCAGUAUAAUUGUAUAGCACAUAUUUGUGAAAUACUGUAAGUAACUUUUAAUAACACGUACACUCUUACAAAAAAGGGUUCCAAAUGGGUUCUCAGUUUGUCUCAGUGGGAAAACUGGAAAAAUUACCCCUUUUAGAAAAAUAAACUUUAGUUUAACCUUUUUUUUGAUGAAAAGGUUUGAUUCACUGUUUAACUCAGUGAUUUAACCAGGAUCCAGAAUGGGUCAUUCAAUGGUUCUUUCAACAAGCCUGCCAUAUGGAUUAUGGUAGAACCCAUUAUGGUUCUAGGUAGCAUCUUUUUUCUAAGACUGUACCACUGAGACACAGUUGCGAUGGGCGUGUGUAUCUUGCUGAUGUCGACGUGCACUAACGCUGAACUUGAUACUGAACCUGUCCUCUCUGUGCACCUGUAGCUCUUUGAGAAUUGUAAUAAAGACAAGCAUAUAUUUUGACAUGUGUGUUUCAGUGUUUCUAUACAGAAUAUGAAUAACAAUUUAUAAGUAAAGAUAAGGUACUCAAAGGUUCUAUAAAUACAUUAGACGUUCUUGUAGGACAAUAUUUCAAUAAAUAUUUGGAAAGAAAACAGAAAGAAGACAGAUGAUUUUCUGUGUCAUAUCAUUAAAAAGCAAUCCUUGGGUACUGUUGUGCCUGCCAGAGAAGACCCCUUCUCUGGCUGAUCUGCUCUGUGCUGAAUGUACAGUAUA